AUGGAUAAUUUGUUAUUAUUUCCAGGUGUAUCCGUAUCAGUGAGCUGUUUCACUCUAGUCGCCAUAUCGCUGGAAAGAUACUUCGCCAUUUGCAAACCACUCCAUUCACGGUCGUGGCAGACGUUAUCUCACGCCUAUCUCACCAUAGCCAUCUGUUGGGUUCUGGCUGGAAUUGUCACCAUCCCGAUCGGCACCUAUACCAGACUGAGAUCGUUCCCCUCGUUGAACGUGUGCCGUGAGUUCUGGACCAGUAAACUAGCAGAGAAAAUCUACACUAUCAGUCUGGACAACAUACUCCUGCUUUUUCCUAUUGUCAUAAUGUCAGUGGCUUACGGCAAGAUAGUGAAAAAUCUCUGGGAAGGAAUACGGCUGGAGGCACAAGUGGAACGAGUUGAAUAUUAUAAAGAUUUAUAUCUUGCUCACGAAAAGUUUCUUCUCCAAAGCAGCGAAAUAACAAAGGAACAGAUUAGACUUGACCAGUUACUAAAGAUUACCAACGAAGGAGCCUCAGCAUAGUCAUUUGGUCUCCCACGCAACAAAAGCUGAGA